AUGCCCAAGCUAUCUUUUGCGGUGUCUGAGGAUGAGGCGACUCUCCUAACUGUCAUGACGCGCGGCCUGGCGACUGAUGUCGAGAUCAUGGCAGGCAAGGACCUGGGCUAUGCGAAGAAUCGGGCUAUUGAUAAGCUUUGGCAGAACAUCCCCUUUUGCCACGCUGUUGCAGCGCUAGCAAACCUCCGGAUUUUUGACGCCGAAUCUGGAGAGGAGCUGCAAGAAGGAGAGGCCGUGAAGGAUGGAAUGAAGCUGCUCCUGGCGAUGGAGACGCCCGCCGGAGGGGGGCCAUCCGCUGCAGCCUCUGCCUUCGCCUCCGUGGUCUCCGCAGUCGGCCGGCACAAGCUGGGCCUUGAUGGCGAUGGAAAGGCUGCGGGAAGCCGCGAAGAGCUCCAGCAGCUGCCUUUGAAAGAGCUGAAGGCCCGACUGAAGGAAGCCGGACUCUCGACCGAUGGCUGCCUGGAGAAGAGCGACCUGAUCGACCGAUUGCUUGGAGCCGCACAGUAG